UUUUUACAUGGACAACAAAACAGAACUUAUCAAAAAAAUAAACACCUCCAUAGAAAAGAUCUUAGACUCUCUCAUCGACAUAUUCACAAUUUUGCAAACAACGAACACAGAAGAUUACGAAGAACUAAGAGAUGUUACGUGUGUGCAACGUAAGAUUGUGCAGGUAUCUGAUUCUGUACUGCAUAUCUAUAACUAUACGGUAUUACUGAGGUAUACGAGGUAUGAGAAGGUCGAGAAGAGGGCAGAACAUGAUGUGUUUGAUGCCGAUAGUAUGUUUAAUGACAUAGUUAAUGAAAUAAUGGAUGGCUAAGGAUACGUACGUGUUGAUUGAUACUAGGUGAUUAAAGAACUGUAGUGGUGGUAUUAAUUACUUUGAGUGCAGAGUGAUGGUGUAUUUAUCUUGGAAUAAAGGAGCUGUUCUGAUAACUACGUUUGAACUAUGAAUUAACGAAUAGAUUGGUUGUCUUUAAUACUGCCCCAUGUUAAAUAACACCUCGUAUUGUGUGACAAAAUAC